UGGCUCUGUGCUCUCCAGUCUGCUUUCCCUUUCCUUUCUGGCUCCUCUUGGGCCACACCAGGUAACAGAGGCUCAUACCAGAGGAAACUCAGGUCUUGGAUUUUAAUGUCAGUGAUGGAAAAAUAUGAGAAUGUUUCCUGGGUCCCCCAGCACGACCUGGAAGAUCCAUUCGAGAAAUACCUGAACAGCACCGAGGACUACCUGGCCUUUCUCUGUGGGCCCCGGCGCAGCCACCUCUCCCUCCCAAUAACUGUGGUGUAUGCGCUGAUUUUUGUGGUUGGGGUCACUGGGAAUCUCCUGGUGUGCCUGGUGAUUCUCCGGCACCAGAGUAUGAAGACACCCACCAACUACUACCUCUUCAGCUUGGCUGUCUCGGACCUCCUGGUCCUGCUCCUUGGGAUGCCCCUGGAAGUCUAUGAGAUGUGGCGUAACUACCCUUUCCUCUUUGGGCCCGUGGGCUGCUACUUCAAGACGGCCCUCUUUGAGACUGUGUGCUUCUCCUCCAUCCUCGGUGUCACCACGGUCAGCGUGGAGCGCUACGUGGCCGUCCGCCACCCUUUCCGCGCCAAGCUGGAGAGCACCAGGCGGAGGGCCCUCCGGGUGCUGGGCGUCGUCUGGGGUUUCUCUGUUCUCUUCUCUCUGCCCAACACCAGCAUCCACGGCAUCAAGUUCCACUACUUCCCCAAUGGGUCCUUGGUCCCGGGCUCCGCCACCUGUACGGUGAUCAAGCCCAUGUGGAUCUAUAAUCUCAUCAUCCAGGUCACCUCCUUCUUCUUCUACAUCCUCCCCAUGACUGCCAUCAGCAUCCUCUAUUACCUCAUGGGGCUCAGACUAAUGAAAGACCAAACCCUUGAAGCAGAAGAAGUAACUGCAAAUAUUCAAAGACCCUCCAGAAAAUCAGUCACCAAAAUGCUAUUCGUCUUGGUCUUAGUGUUUGCUAUCUGUUGGACCCCAUUCCACAUCGAUCGGCUCUUCUUCAGCUUUGUGGAGGAGUGGACCGAAUCCCUGGCUGCUGUGUUCAACCUCAUCCACGUGGUGUCAGGUGUCUUCUUCUACCUGAGCUCAGCUGUCAACCCCAUCAUCUAUAACUUACUCUCCCGCCGCUUCCGAACCGCGUUCCGGAAUGUGAUCGCUCCUUCCUGCAAGCAGUGGCACCCCCAGCAUCAUCCAUCAGGGCCCCCUGCCCAGCGGAACAUCUUCCUGACAGAAUGCCCCCUGGUGGAGCUGACUGAAGAGGCGAGUGCCCGGGUCCCCUGUCAGCUGCCCACCUGCAGCCCUCACCUCCCCGCAGCCCUCUGUCUCGGACAGGCACCGCGAAAGGAGCUUGCAAAGGCUUGACGUUCCUCUCUGCCUCCACCAAGGACAGCCCAAAAUUAUGCCUUCUCACAGAACACUAGGGAGGUGAAAUGGCUCUGAGAACUGCAUGUCCAUUGCCAGGUGUUGCCAAAAGACGAAUGUGAAAAGCACUGCUUAAAUCGGGAUCUAAAACCCAGAACCUCCCACUUCUAGUUCCCCUUCCUCUAUCCUAGCAGCCUGAAGCCCUUUCACUAGUUUAGGAAGAGAACAUGACAAGCUAAGCACGGCAGCUCUGCUGUGAGUGUUUUCCACUCUUGGGAAUGGUCGGCCCUGAGUCACCCACGCUCUGCAUCAAGCUGUCACUCUAACAACUAACAAUCCCUGUCAGCCACAGCAGGGAGACACGUAGGUGCGGCUUUCCUGUCUGUGAGCUGAAGGGUGCACGCCAGUGUGGCUCCCCGGCAAACCGUUCUCCCAGCUGCCUCCUCCACUGAUGCUGUUAUGUUGGGAUUCCUUGGAGUCCCGAAGCCUUUUACUUUAAGAGUCCUCCUGCUAGCAUGGAAACGCUCCUGGCAACGGUCACGCCCACCGUGCCCAUCCCCGAGGCAGUAUCAGUCAGUGCUCACCAGGAAUGAGGUCGGAUACAGGUUCUACUGGGAGGGGAAUGGGAUGAGGGAGCAGGUGGUGGUGGGAGUUCACGAGAGACAUAAACUGUACCAAAUGCAAACUCAGCUGGCUUCCUAAUUUGGUCUAGACUUGGAUGUCUACAUUCUAACUUCGUGAGUAGACAGAAGUGCGGUCUCCUGCUGUCUUGAUGAAAAGACAUGUCAGACGGUAACUCGUGGUCUCAAACCCCUGACUUUAGGCUGCUCGAUCCUACAUUACCUACGUAAUGCUCUCCACGUGUAUAAUAUGGGAAACGUACUGUCCU